AUGGGAAUCAAUGCCUAUAUUCCAGGCCUAGCUAUAACAGGCUGUGUUUUUUGUGGUAUUCUUGCUGCGUUGCAUAUUUAUAUAUUUAUAUUGGAAGCAAUACUUUGGCGGAAACGCGCAGCUAAAACAUUUCGAUUACCACAAGCAACUGUCGAGAUUGGUGCUGGUCUAGCAGCUAAUCAAGGUUUUUACAAUCUUCUUCUUGCUGUUGGCCUUAUCUGGGGACUAGCAGAAUUAAGUCCAGAUGUAUUGUUAUUUUUUUCAGCGGCAGUAUUCACCGCUGGAAUAUUUGGAGCAAUCACGGCAUCUCCCCGUAUUAUCUUUGUGCAAGUUAUACCGGCUCUACUUGCUUUUAUUUUUGUUGAUUUUGGGUUUUUUUCGACCAAAGUUUGGUCUUAUUGGAAACAUCCAUUAUAUUUAUUAGUUAUUUUAAUGGGUGCUGGUUUCUUGACAGUUAUUUUGAGUUUUAUUAUUAAAAAAUAUUUUCUAGAAGUUAUUUCGAAAAUAUCAUUAAAACCAGAUUCAUCUAAUGAUAAUUUGUAA